UUUUAGGAGAUGAGGUAAUGAUCUAAAAUGAUUUCAGACUGUGGAAUUAUGACUAAAUUUUAUAUUUAAUCCAAAUGUUAAUAUUAAAUCAAGAUUGUCUCCACUAUGAGUGGCUCCUAUAACAUUCUGAUUUCUACUGAAUCUACAAUAAAUCUGAUUAUCACAAUGAAUAUUAAAGUCACAGACAAUGAAUGUUAUGAAAUCCACAAAUUCUAGAGUCUGGCCCCUGGGGGUCUAUAAAUAAUAAUGGAUGGAAUUGACUGACUAGACUUGUUUUUAGAUGCUACAUAUGUAAUGUUAGUGUCAAAAACUUUAAAUGUGUUACAUUUGUGUUAAGUUUUUUGUGUGAUUGUUCUAUGGGUCUUGGUGCUUUUGCUCCUGCAUAUGUUUUGAAUACAUUUGUAAGUGGUUUAAGUAUAAAUGUCUGGGUUUUGCUAUCAGAGACAUAGAGAUCUCAGACACUUCAGAGCAGAGAUGAAAUCGCUGGUUUAUAUCUUCCUGCUGAUGCUGGGGUGUGGUAUGACUGGAGCUCUGACAAGAGAAUAUAUUUUUGUUAAUAUUCCCAUAUCAUGGCAAGAUGCUCGGAGUUACUGCAGAAAACUCUACAGAGAUCUGGCUACUGUUACCACCACAGAGGAGAAGAAUUCUCUUUUACAAACUGUAACUGGUGGAGGUCAUUGGAUUGGGUUAAGGAGAACAGGAACCACCUGGACAUGGUCUGAUGGAGAACAGUAUUCUUUCAUGAACUGGUAUAGUGGCCAACCUUAUUUUUCAUAUAUUGGGAAUGAUUGUGGCUCAUUGGGCACUGAGCAUACAACAUUCUGGGUGAAUUACAACUGUCAAGAUCAGAGGAAGUUCCUCUGUUAUCGGUUUCUGAUCUUGGUGAAGGAGAAGAAGACCUGGGAAGAGGCUCGGGAUUAUUGCAGGUCUACCUACACCGGUUUGGCCUCCGUGACCUCCAAAUCCAGUCUGAGGCAGCUGAAACUAGAGACCAUUCAGACGGAGACCGAGAGUGUGUGGACUGGGCUGAGCUUCGUAGAUGGUAAAUGGCUCUGGGUGAGUGUGGAAACACUGGGGGACCUGGUCUCAAUGUCAUCUCAAUGUCCAGCGCCACCUCAGAACUGUGGAUCUCUCAACACCACCACAAACACCUUGAACAUCCACAACUGCAAUGAUAAGUUGAACUUCGUCUGCUACUGGAAGUGAUUUCACUCAAAGUAAACGUGUACACAUCACAUUCACACAUCACUAUCUAGCUGAUGAGAGGGAUGAGACUAAGAAGGGAACCUCAACCUCAUUUAGUGACACUGAAUGUUCAUGCAUUACAGUUCCAUCAUUGUUGAUGUUUCCAACUGUUCACUGUUUUACCUCCACAAGAACUUUAUGGAUGUGCAGAAAUUUCAUGUGGAAAACGUCAUCAUUAAACUACAAUACUGUCAUGCAGUGAAUCCUGGUGUGGAAUGAACUUAUUAGUAACUUCUUUAGAGCUUUUUAACAGUCUGUUUAUUUCAACAUUAAAUCUAAAAAAUCUACAGCGUUUAUCUUCAGCUUUUUAGAAAUAUCUUUUAGUUUUAAGGGGAAAUUUUAAAAACAAUUUUAAUGUAAAUUGACAAAUAAGUAAAUCAAAUGUGAAUUGUGUACAAUAAACUUCUUUUUCUGUGAGGAUUGAGAAAUUAUUGUAAUUAUUGUGAUUUAAACAACUGAAUAUUAAACAUUUUAUGUGACAAGAAAAUCAUUUGCUCUGAUAAUAAUGAUUUACAGUGUGUUAAUGAUGUGUGUGUAAUGCAUUAUUGUGUGUAAUGUGUAAUAGUAAGAGUGAGUGAUCAGACUGAUCUUCCUUUUACAGCCAUUCGGAUUUAAUUAAAACACAGAGAUAUAUUUA